AGCUUUCCAAAGUCAAUGAGUAACUUGGGAGGCUGGGCAAGGCCAGACCUGCUGCUGUGGGCCCAGUGGCGUUUUCCACUCCCGAGCAAGUGUGGCUGGACCGCCCACCUGCUCAAGUGUCCACCCUGCCCUACUCCACCCGUUCGGGCCUGGCCAGUGCUCCCUGGGAAAAAAGCCCUCCCGCCCAGCAGCUGGACCAACAGAAGCAGCCUGAGGCACCAGCUGGCUCUCCCCAAGGCCCAGCAUGCAGGACUGUAUGUGGAAGUCCCAGAAAACUAUGGUGGAAAUUUCCCUUUGUACCUGACCAAGCUGCCGCUGCCCCGUGAGGAGGCUGGGGGCCAGAUUGUGCUGUCGGGACACUCAGGCACGGCAACUGAGGGCCCCUUUGCUGUGGACCCAGAGUCUGGCUUCCUGCUGGUGACCAGGGCGCUGGACCGAGAGGAACAGGCAGAGUACCAGCUACAGGUCGCCCUGGAGACUGAGGAUGGACACGUCUUGUGGGGCCCACAGUUUGUGCUUGUGUGUGUGAAGGAUGAGAAUGACCAGGUGCCCCAUUUCUCCCAGGCCAUCUACAGAGUUCAGCUGAGCCAGGGUACCAGGCCUGGCACCCCCUUCCUCUUCCUCGAGGCUUCAGACAGGGAUGAGCCAGGCACAGCCAACUCAGAUCUCCGCUUCCACAUCCUGAACCAGGCCCCAGCCCAGCCUUACCCAGACAUGUUCCAGCUGGAGCCUCAGCUGGGGGCUCUGGCCCUCAGCCCUGAGCGAAGCACCAGCCUAGACCAGGCCUUGAAGGGGCCCUACCAGCUGCUGAUACAGGUCAAGGACAUGGGUGACCAGGCCUCAGGCCACCAGGCCACAGCCACCAUAGAUGUCUCCAUAGUAGAGAACACCUGGGUGCCCCUAGAGCCUGUCCACGUGGCAGAAAAUCUCAAAGUUCCAUACCCACACCACAUUGCCCAGGUACACUGGAGUGGGGGUGAUGUGCAUUAUCACCUGGAGAGCCAGCCCCCUGGACCCUUUGGUGUGGAUGCGGAGGGGAAAUGCUAUGUGACCACGGAGCUGGACCGAGAAGCCCAGGCUGAGUACCUGCUCCAGGUGCGGGCUCAGAACACCCAUGGUGAAGACUACGCAGACCCUCUAGAGCUGCAUGUGGUGGUGAUGGAUGAGAAUGACAAUGAGCCUGUCUGCCCCCUGCACAGCUCCGCAGUCAGCAUCCCUGAGCUCAGCCCCCCAGGCACCAAGGUGACUAGGUUGUUGGCAGAGGACAUGGAUGCCCCCAGUUCCCCUAAUUCCCAUGUUGUGUAUCGGCUGCUGAGCCCUGAGCCUGAGGUAGAGGCAGAGGGGAGGGCCCUCGAGCUGGAUUCCUCCUCUGGCAGUGUGACGCUGGGGGCUGCCCGCCUCCCAGCUGGCCAGAACAUCCUGCUUCAGGUGCUAGCUGUUGACCUAGGAGGAGCAGAGGGCGGUCUCAGCAGCACAUGUGAGGUUGCUGUCACAGUUACAGACAUCAAUGAUCAUGCCCCUGAGUUCACCGCUUCCCAGAUUGAGCCUGUAAGCCUCCCUGAGGACACAGAGCCUGGGACUCUGGUGGCCACGCUCAUGGCCACUGAUGCUGACCUUGAGCCUUCCUUCCGCCUCAUGGACUUCGCCAUUGAGGCAGGGAAUGUGGAGGGGAACUUUGGCCUGGAUUGGGAGCCAGACUCCAGUCAUGUCCAACUCCGACUCCUCAAGAACCUCAGCUAUGAGGCAGCCCCAAGCCACAGGUUGGUGGUGGUGGUACAGAGUGUGGCGGAGCUCGUGGGGUCGGCGCCCGGCCCCAGAGCCACAGCCACAGUGACUGUGCUGGUGGAGAGGGUGGUACCACCCCCCAAGCUGGACCAGGAGAGCUAUGAGGCCAGCAUCCCAGUCAGCACCCCAGCCGGCUCCUUCCUGCUGACCAUCCAGCCCUCAGACCCCAUGAGCAGUCCUCUCAGGUUCUCCCUGGUCAAUGACACAGAAGGCUGGCUCUGCAUUGAGGAGGUCUCCGGGGAGGUGCACACGGCCCGGCCCCUGCAGGGUGUCCAGCCUGGGGACAUGUACAUGGUGCUGGCGGAGGCCCGCUAUGCAGAUGAACCAGCACUGAGCACCUCUGCAACCCUCGUGAUCUACUUCCUGAAGGCCCCCUCUGCUCAGACCCCAUCUCUGACCCCCAUGCCUGCCCGACACCUCUGCACCCCCCGCCAGGACCAUGGUGUGGUUGUCAGUGGACACAGUGGGGACCCUGACCAGGCCAACGGGCACGGUCCCUACAGCUUUACCCUUGGUCCCAACCCCACAGUGCAGCGGGAUUGGCACCUCCAGGCUCUCAAUGGUUCCCAUGCCUACCUCACCCUGGCCCUGCAUUGGGUGGAGCCACGUGAACACACAGUCCCUGUACUUGUCAGCCACAAUGCCCGGAUAUGGCAGCUCUCCGUCCGAGUGAUUGUGUGUCGCUGCAACAUGGAGGGGCAGUGCAUGCGCAAGGUGGGCCGCAUGAAGGGCAUGCCCACAAAGCUGUCGGCUGUGGGCAUCCUCAUGAGCACCCUGAUAGCAAUAGGCAUCUUUCUCAUCCUCAUCUUCACCCACUUGACCCUGGCAAGGAAGAAGGACCUAGAUCAGCCGGUGGACAGCAUUCCCCUGAAGGCAGCAGUGUGAAUGGUCCAGGCAGUCCCAACUGGGAGCUUAGGCUCUGGCUCCAUUGGAAUCCACUGGGAGAGGACCCAGCACUGCAGGGUCCACAUGGGCUGGGACGGAGUAGAAACCCUUUCACCUGCCCUGGGGUAGAGGUGACAUCACCAGACAUGUCUGCAGAGCCUGGACACUGCUCUGAUGGGCUGCCCUUGGAAGUGUUCCAAAUGGCAGCAUUUUGUCCAAUAAUAAAGCCUCAGAGAACUGGGUGCUCAUAUCUGAA